GUUUAGUUCGCAUCUAGAGAGCGUUGACUGCAAUUGUUUUUUUUCAAGUAUUUAUUAAUAAUUAUUAUUGUCGUUUCGAGAUCGUGGUGUGCCGUGGACGACAAAACCAACCGUCUGUAGAGUAGUGUUUUGUUUUUUUCUUCUUGUUAAAAAGAUCAAAGGUUUGCCGCAUAAUAUAUGUGACUUUAUUAUAAUUUUUUUUUUAAAAGGACGGAAUUGCAUUUAAAAAACGAAUUUAUUAACUGUCUCGAGACGCACUAAAGGAGCGUGCUGCGUUCGAAUCGAAUCAGCUGUUGGUGUGUGCGGUUCGCGCACGCGCCCCUCGUCCCCCUCCAAAGUGCCGCGGUGGGGGUAACCAGAACAGCUGUGAAUAAAGAUACACACUCAAAACAUCAGAACAGACUUGUCAGUGGUGUCAAACCGUUCGGUCGUCCGGUUUUAAUAUAAGAUAAUGCUAAGUAAAGUCAAGUGUUGCUAAGUUUGAUCGGCACUUGAGGACUUAGACAGAUUUUCUUAAAUCAUUUUCUUUUUUUGGUCAUUUAUUAUCAAAGAAGAACAAUAUUUCGAGUUGUGCGCGAGUGCGUCCUUCGGAACUAAACAAUUUUUAUUUUUUUUUUUGGAAAAAAGUUAUGGUGCCACAGCAAAUGGAGGGUGUUAAAUCUGAAUUCCCUCAAAACGGUGGGGACCUGGUGUUUGGUUCUCAACUAGUUGAUAAAAAUUCGUCCACCCCUUACUCCGAUGCUACCCAGACAAAGAAGAACAAUCCAAACCACGUAAAGAGGCCAAUGAACGCUUUCAUGGUGUGGUCCCAGAUAGAACGCAGGAAAAUCUGCGAGGUAUCCCCAGACAUGCACAACGCCGAAAUCUCCAAGAAUCUUGGAAAACGUUGGAAGAUGCUCAACGAUGAACAGAAGCAGCCCUUCAUCGAAGAAGCCGAGAGGCUCCGUCAGCUCCACCAGAGGGAGUAUCCCGAUUACAAAUAUCGCCCCAGGAAGAAAACCGCUAAGCCAGCCCCCAAAUCAUCCUUGAAGAAAUCCUCAAAGAGAAGCGGCAAAGCGAAGAAAAACGAUAGCAACAACAACGAAUCAGUGAAAGAAAAGAUAUUCAACAGGCGUACUUCGGUACCAGAAUCUGUAUCCGCUAGACUAAAAGAUAGACUUACCAUACCAGCUACGCCAACAGUGCUAGAGCCAGUACCAGAGACCAAAAUCGAACCGGUAGAACCCAUCACAUCCAGAAUGGAAAUUAGUUACGACACGUAUGAUUCAGUGAGACACAAUCUGAACGCCUCACUCACCCAACUGCCCCCCAUUAGUUUCCUAGCUAAGGUACCAUCGAGUCCUUCCUGCGAAACCCCCGAUUCACCCGAAAGCGCCACCAUAUACGAAGACUCUUGGGUGAAUUUAGUCAAAGAGGAACCGGAUGAUCGGCUCACGUGUGUAACCCAAAUCGCCAACACCCUAGAUGACUUAGAUAAUAUAGAAAUCUACCCGAUGGACGGGGGUAUUGACCUGGAAAGGCUAGUAGACCUGGACAAUAACUUCGAGACGACAUCAAAUAGCUCAGGGUCACAUCUGGACUUCACAGUUCCCAGGGACCUGUUCCCUAUAGACAACAAUUGGGUCGGGGAAGUGGAGACUUUCAUGAUGUCUUGAAGGGACAAAACCUAAGACUGUUGGACACAUACAAUCAGUUUGUUAAUGAGCCAAUGAUGUGCUUGGAGUCCAGUUACGUGGUGAGGCGAGACAAGAGGAGACCACCACGAUAUCGUUAUAAUAAUGUUAUUUAUAUUAUUUAACCCCAGUUUUGAUCUCAUUUUUUAUGUACUGUGUAUAAACAAAACAAAAAAAAAAGAAAAGAAACAGUUCGUUCAUUGUUAGGUUCACCAGUCUUUAAUUAAUAUUAAUUUUUUUGAUCUACCAGUUUUUCUUUUUUAGUGCCUAUAGCUCAUGUUUGUUAAGGGGUGCGCCUCCGCCACCACCACCAUUACAAGGCACUUUUAUUUUUUUAGUUUAAACAGAUUUUUAAGGUCCUUCGCGCGUUAUGCGUUGGAUAUAAUGUCAGGCUGUGAUGUAUUCGAUUUGAUUCGAUAAUUUGAUGACCAAUUUAGUUUUGGUUAGUCAAAUUCAAAAAAAAAAAAAUAAUUGAGUCCGUUUUUGUGUAGUCGUUUAACCAGGUGCUGCUUUUUUUGUGUCUUUUGUUUUUGGUGCGUUUUUUUAAAGGGCUGCAGUCAUGGCACUUGUGUUAGAUGAGGAAUAUACAGGGUAUCACUAAAUUUUUUGUCUGUGUGUUUAGUAGAAACUUUGAACUUACUUUAGUUGUCUGAAAGAGUCAUGGAGCAUAGUUUUGUUCAAGCAGUUGAUUCUCAGAAAGAAAGUCAUCAAUGUAAAAGGGAGUGCAGUAGUUAUUUGUUUCUUACAGGCACUAAUGGUUGAAAUUGGAAAGCCUUAACUGUCUGGAAAUAUGACUGAUGUUUUUUUAAUUAAAACUUGCUUGGAAAAUUGAAUUUUUCAAACACAGGUUUCAAUAAUUUUUCCAGUUACAACGGGCUUUUAAAAUCGAAUAAAACUACUUCCAGCAAAAAAAUAUACGCAAAAAUUUACAUUCAAAAAAAAAAAAAAAAAAAAAAAAAAAAAUUCAUUUUUGGAUUAUUAUUAUUUGUUUAGAAAAUUGACUUAUUAUUUUGACUUAAUAUUGACUUAAGUUUAUUAGAAAGACAGUUUAUAAGAAAUAUUUUUGGAAAAAUCUUUUAUUUUCACUGAAAAAAAGAAAGUAUCAAUUGCCUAAAGAAAACACCUUUGAAGUGCAAAAAAGGCUACAAAAAAAAAAUUACUACCCGAAACAGUGGAUCCUAAAAAUUAGAAAUCCGUAAGACUUCAAGAAUUGGUUAUUUAUUUUCAAGAGAAAACUGGGAAAAUACAAACUGCAUUAUAGGAUUUAAGCUACCUGGAAAAAUAAACACAAAAUUUACCUUUAAAAAAAAAGCCCCUACUGCUUGGAAAAAAUUAUUUGUUUUUGGUUCAUUAUUUUGUUUGGAGAACUGACUUUUUCCAGUUCAAAUAAUUAGUAUAGCUGCCUGGAAAAAUGUCAAUUUCCAUUUAAAAUUAAUCAAUUUCCUGUAAGAGUAUUUUGUUUUUAAUGAAGGAAAUCUGUGGAAGUGCCUGGAAGAGAAACUUUGAUCCAAGUAAAAAUUAAAUUAUAAAGAUUCAACUACCUGGAAAAAUUAUGUUAUCUAUAUUUACCACAGUUUUUCAGUCAUUUUUCCAGUUCGGCUGUCUGUAAGAAUGGAAUAAAAUUACUACCAUAAAAAAUAAACAGAAAUAUUAUCUUAAAAAAAAACCAAUUUUAUUAAAAACUAUUUCAUUUUCUUGGCCACCUGGAAUAAAGUUAAAUUAAGAAAUACUUAAAACGAUUUGAUCUUCCUGGACAAAUCUUUUAAUUUCACUAAAAAAGGGGAUUUAACUGGGUGUAAAAAUAGUGUAAAAUUGGUCCAAUAAAAAAAUAAACACAAAAAUUUAAUUUUACCUAAAAAAAAAGUCGAAAACGAAAUAAAAAGCCUCAACUGCCUGUAAAAAAAAUAUUUCUUAAUUUCUUGGACAAAUCUUUUAUUUUUAUUUAAAUGCAUGUAAAGAAGAAUAUAAAAAAAUCUGCUACCUGUGGAUCUAAAACACUGUAAAUACGUUUUACUCCAAGUAGCCUAUUUAUUUUCAAAGAAAAACUGGGAAAAUACAAACUGCAUUAUAGGGUUUUUUUUAAAUUUUCUAAGGCUAGAAAAUGUUUGUUUCUAUUACAAAACUGGACAAAAACCAACUGCCUGGAAGAGUGACUUUAUUAGUAAAAAAAUGGAAUUAUUCACUUCUUCCAGGCCAUUAAAGAACAAAAACUCGUCACCUAAUACCCCCUGUAUAUUUCUUUAAAUAACAUAUUUUAAACAUGACUUAAGAUACUGAGUUUGACUUGCGCGUUUCAUGAUAAAAUAUUAACCCUAGGGUGCUGUCCUCAACUUGUAUUUAAUUAAUUUAGGUUUGCCUUUAAAGUGAGACGAGUGGACAUAUAAGUUAUAUUAUAAAUAAUUGUAAAUAACUUAUAUAAUUAUAAAAUUUAUCUACUA